AUCGAUAAAUGUUUUAUUUGAAAUCAGUUAAUUGUGGUGUUGUGGUAAAAGGAUGGCUUUACAAAAGCAUCGAGAUAUAUUUUUAGCAACUUGUCUGCUUGAAUCAAUUGAAGAUGAAAAUUAUAGAAAUACGCAAAAGUUAUUGCUCGAACAUCAUGCAAAUCCCAAUUUACUGAUACCAGAAUAUAAUAUAGCUCCUAUUCACUAUGCUGCUGGAAUGGAAAACACAGAAUUUGCCGAGGCUGUAAUGAAACUAAUCUUGAAGAACAAUGGUGACCCAAACAUUCAAACCAUCGAAGGCGAAACGCCACUACACAUUGCAGUGAUUUGGAAUAGGACAUUAAUCGUAGAGAUGUUAUUGGAUCAUGGAGCUGAUCUUUCGAUCGUUGAUAAUGACAAUAACACGCCUAUUUCGCAUGCAUUAAUAGAAGAGCACUAUAAUCUGAUACCAAUAUUUCAAAACUAUGUAUUUGAAGAGAAGCUUCAGAAAAAACUCGAUGCGAAAUACGCUGAAAAUCGAAGCGAGAGAGUGCUAAACAAACGAUUAGACACUGUCAUGAAAUCGUUUCAUCAGCUGGACAUGACACAGAAUAGUGAUAAUGACAAACUUUUGACGCCAAAUCGUACAAAUUUUAAUUUUGAUGAAGCCAGUCCAUUUCUAGUGAAUGUUAAUUGUCGUCGUCGCCCAAAGUACGUAAAUGUUGAAACAGUUAAAUUCACAAAAUGUACAGACGGACAGACCAAUGACAAUAAUGUUAUUGUGAUAAGCGAUAGUGAUGAAAAUGAUGCUACUAAGGAUCACAAGGAGAAGAAGAAAAACUUUGUGAAAAAUCUAUUUGAAUUGACCGAAGACAAUAUUGAAAAACACUUGUCAAUGGUAGUGAAAAGAAGUCGAAAAAAUUCACUAAUUCACUUGUGGCGAAACAAAGUAAAUGAAUCUCGUAAAAGAACAUCUUUUUUACCCGUAAAUGAAGAUGAAUUUGAGGCAUUCCUAUCUGAUAACAUGGCUGAAGUGGAAUCGGUUCAAUCAUCUCAAAAAAGUUUAGAAACAGUUAUACCAGUCAAGUCAACCGGUUACCAACAAUGUACUGAAAUCGAAGACAGCUUUAUUACAGCGAUUGACGAACAUGAAUUGGCCACCGUAGAAAAGAGUUUGACAAAUAUUGAUUUAAAGAAGAGAUCUGAUGUAGUUUUUCAGACACAAGAGUUGUACGAACAUUUUGAUCCUGAACAAAAUAUUUUGUUCUACGAAAACAAAUUGCUAGCAAAUCCUAUGGCCGCAGCCAUUAGAGAAAAAAUUACAGAUCAAGACGUUAUCAACUUGAAUACAUCUUCGGAAAGUGGUACAGUUACAGAUCUGCCCACCGAUUAUGAUACAGAUGAUUUACGAAAGGAGUUGAAAGCAUUUGGAGAUGUACCAGGUCCAAUUACCAAAAACACAAAGCGCUUAUACUUGAGAAGACUGGUGCGAUACCAUCGUUCACGACGUCCUCAGGAAUCAACACAGCAUUCAAAACAAGGAUCAAUAUGUAAUUUUUCAAUUGAAUUACAAAAAACGAUGAAAAAUGAAAUCGACUCACUGGAUUUCAUAAACAUCGACUAUUCGCUAUUGGAACGUCAAAUGAUAAGUAGCUUUCAAUCGAGCCAAACGAAAAAUAUGCGCGAAGGAAAUUUAAAAAAAAGCUUUAAUUAUUUGUUGAUCGAUCCCCGAAUAGCCGAAAAUAUUCUUGCCGAUUCUCAGGUUAUUCCUAUGUCAGAGUUGUGGUGUCGUUUCUUAAAAGCCAUUUUUUAUGUUGGUAAAGGGAAAAGCAGUAGACCGUUUCACCAUUUGUACGAUGCUAUUAAAAUUUAUCGUGAUAAUAGUUUGGAUGUGGAAAAAAUGCCAGAGUCCUUGAAACUUGCACGAAUUAUCGACAUAUGGAAAUCAAAUAAGGGUGUCAUUUGUUUACCGGUAUUUCAUAACAUAACACCAGUUGAGGCAUAUACACGUGAAGCAGCAAUCAUCGACUGUGUGGGCGUGGAAAAUCUUACCAAUAUCAAAAGAGGCGAUUAUUAUGGAAUUGUUAAAUCUUGGUCAAUGCGAGAUCGUAAGAAGUUGGGAGUGUUACUGCUGUACAAAGCUCUUCAAGUUUUUAUGAUUGAGGGAGAGAGUCAGCUGCGCCCAAACGACAUUAAAUAGGAAGUCAGAUUUAUAAUUGACAAAUGUUAUCAAUUAAAAUGCUAUUUAUAAACUUUUUUAUCAAUUCAAAUGAGUCCCGUCAAUAACCGUAUCGGUUGAUAAUAAAAUCACACACAUUCAAAAAUAA